CCUAUCGUUCCUAGUAGUGGUGCAAGCCUGGUUUCCAGGGCUAUGGCCCUGCUCCUCGCUCUGGGCGUGGAAAGGGCUCUGGCGCUACCCGAGGUACAGAAGCAAAUUGAAGCCGGGCUGAAGUAGGGUUUGUUGACCCUCUGUGUGUCGCGCUUGCCCGCGGUUCUCCCCUCCCUCUGCCGGCUCAAGCUCGRAUUUCCUCCUCGAGGCCUCCAGAUCCUAGUCCCAGGAAUACCCCAGACGGAUCCUACUCCCGAGUACGAGUACUCACAGUACUCACGUUGCCCAGGCCUCCGGCGCCCUCGCCCUGCCCACAUUCAAAGACCUAUGAAAUUCGACCUCCUCUCUCCUCAGCCUUUGAAUAAUUUUAAAUUCUUCGUGCGGAUGAGUCCUAUGACUCUUUUGCAAGCUGUCCAGUCACGAAUGCCGUGCGUGGUGCGGUGAUAGGACUAUUCUUUCUGUAAUGCUUGACGAGUUCUUUGUGUUCCUGCAGUCCUUUUACGCUCGGCUAAACUGGGGCUGCCAAGAUGCGAAGUCUCUGGAGAGACCAUAGUAAAAACCUUGUGUAGUAAUCCUCAAAGAUAAAGAUCUUUCCUGUGUGAAGACUGGUACUGAAAAUCUGACGCACUCGUUCAGCGCCCAGCUUUAGGAGAAGAAAUGGCAUCUCCUAGUCCAGCCUGAUAAAAAGAUAUGACAUGAGCCAUCUCCCCUGCGUUAGAGGAAUUCUGGAGAGAUAUGUACCCAGUGUCCGGGGAGUGUGCAAAAUUCGUCAAACGUGGCCCAUUACUGUAUCUUUUAGUGACCUUUGACUUCUUCAAGCUCCAGUACUGGUGAUUGAACCCAGGGGAGCUGUGUCACUACGUUUCAUCCCCAAUCCUGCUUAUUUUACACAUCUCAUUAAAUUAUACCUGUUGGCCUCAAGCUUGUGGUACUCCUGCCUCAGUCUCUCAAGAUGCUGGGAUUACAGGUGUUCACCACUGCACAUGGCACUCAAUUGGAUCUCCAGAACUGUUCUUUGGAGGAUCCUGGGCCAAACUUUCCUCAAGCAUAUACUGCUGUUAUCAUAGACCUUCAGGCAAACCCUCUCAAGGAUAAUUUGGCCAACACCUUCCGUGGCUUUAUCCAGCUCCAGACUCUGGUACUGCCACAAGGUAUAAGCUGUCCUGGGGGUAAUGAUGCCUGGAAACAAGUUAUCUCUUAUAAAGACAACAAGAUCUGCCAAGGGCAAAGGAACCUUUGCAAUAGCACUGGAGACCCAGAAAUGUGUCCGGAGAAUGGAUCUUGUGCAGUUGAUGGUCCUGGUCUCUUGCAGUGUGUUUGUGCUGAUGGCUUCCAAGGAUACAAGUGUAUGCGCCAGGGCUCCUUCUCACUAUUUAUGUUCUUUGGGAUUCUGGGAUCCACCACACUAUCCCUCUCCAUUUUGCUUUGGGGAACCCAGCGCCGAAAAGCCAAGACUUCAUGAACUACACAGGGCUUCCUACUGACCUAAGAUCAUCCUGAUGUAUAUAGCCCAGCAAGGAAGAUUUGUUAACUUGACGGGCAUCAUUGACCAACGGACCCUCCUAAGUCUGAGGCUG